AUGGCCAUCAUGCUAGUGAACACAACUUCGCUCAUCGACUUCGACAAGACUCAGAACGCGAGCACUUGGUCCGGUCCAGCGAGUGAAACAAUCAACAUGCACUCUCAACACCGCUCACGCGAUGAUCCACCAUCACCUCCUCCACAGCCGCCCCCAAGUCCAGCAAGCUGGAACCGCCUACCCUCACUAGACGCCCUUGCGCCAUUGCAAAUCUGA